GUUUGACUGGCUGUGUAUUGUCCUCAUUAACAGCAUGUGGGUGUGUGUUUGUGUGUGUGUAUGUGUGUGUGUGACCUAAAAAGAAGCCCAACAGGUAGGACCUGCUCCUGAAAGCGUCUCCUUUCUGAAGGGGCGCGGACAGGCCUGGGGAUUCCCUUCGGUUAUUGAAGUCGGGUUCUCUGGGUAGCUGCUCAGCCGUCUGUCCGCUGGGUUCUGGUUCCGUAUUCAGAGCUGAGGGUUAGUAAGAGAGCAGGUAUGGGACAACAAGCCGCAGCACGACCGACGGAGAACCUCCACCUGGGGGAAGGUGCGCGCGGGGCCCGGCGGGCGACGCGGAAGUGAAGAUAACCGGGCCACAUCUAACAUGUUCCGUUCUCCCGUUAGUUCGUCUUUAACUAAAAGGGAGAAACGUAAUUUUAAUGGUCGUCGUCGGUUUUCUGGACGCUGACAUGUCGGUGGCACUGUGGCGCGCGGGGCUGCUGCUCAGUUUGUGGCGCGUGCGCUCCUGUCUGGGGGAGGAGUGUGUCCUGGGCAUCGUGGGGAGGCCGGUGUCCCUGCCCUGCUUCUACCCGCAGCUGCUCUCCUUCGUGAACGUUUCCGUUGAGUGGAGGAAGGACGACAAAGUGGUGCUGGCGUCCAGCUGGGAGAAAAAGGGAAAGGUGGAGAUAUGGAGCUUGGACUACGCCGCCAUCUCCGCCGACGCGGCGCUGACCGGGAACUUGUCCCUGGAGCUGCCGGCCGUCCACCUCAGCGAGGACAGGAAGCGCUACAGUCUUUUCGUCACUUCUCUUGAGAACCAAAGCGCCCCGGUGUGCUCUGUGUGUCUCCGGACGGCAGCCAGUUUCAGCUCCCCCCUCCUGGAGCGGGAGCGCGCCGCAGAGGGAGGCGAGACCACCUUCCUGUGCCAGUCCAGCGGCGGGUACCCCCAGCCCGCCCUGUACUGGCUCAUUAACGACUCGGAGGAGCCCCCCGAGGGCUCGGUGAUGACCCAGGCCGUGUCCCUCCUGGACUCCAGUCUCUACAACGUCACGGGCCACCUGACCGUCAACAUCUCCCAGGACGCCAGCGUGUCGUGCGUGAUAGAGAACCGCUCCACCAACGAAACCCUGACCUCCAAAAGCUACGGCGUGAACGGCGCCCCCGUGGUGAGGCGAGCGUCGGCCGCCAUGUGGAUCUUCAGCACAGUUCUGUGCGUGGUGGUCGGGCUGAUGGUGAUUGCGGGAGUGGCGUAUCAGAUCCACCUGGACCGGAUAAACCGAAGGAGGAAGCGCGAGUUCAAACAGACAGAGAGGGGAUACAGAAGACGGUAUCGGUACAAGGGAGAGGCCGAAGUCAUGAAUCCCGACUCAAAUGAGACAGACGUGUGAAAAAGACGUGAUGAAUCCCCCCCCCCAAGAAUAAUAGAGCACUGACAUGUAAAUAUCUUUUUUUUUUACCGCUGACUUUUGUGUUGCUGCCAGGUUUAUACAGUGGGGGAAAUAAGUAUUUGACCCGUUGCUGAUUUAGCAGGUUUGCCCACUCACAAAGAAUGCCUAUUUUUCCUCA